GUUGAUAGCACGGCUAUGUAGGCCACCAAUCACGGCCGAAGAAAUAGUAUCCCCUUAAAAAAGGCCUGACUAGGACACACCUUCUGUGGCCACAUUCUGUGACUUAACACACAUAACACAUCUAUGGUUGAGAGAGCAGCUGCUCGGACUGGACUUGUUGGGUGAGUUGUAGUUUUUAAAAUAAUUUUAGAAAGAUUUUGUUGCAAAUAUAUGACACCGUGGUGUGACAGUUGGAAAUAUAAUAAUAUGACCUUUUAGUGUGACAGGGCACAUAUGUGACACGUUGACUGUGACAGGGCAAGUGACACGCUUUGACUUUCACAUGACAAGCAUGUGACAUUUUGACUGUGACAUGGCAAGUAAGUGGCACUUUGAUUGUGACAGGGCGACUGUGCGAUAUAGGCCACACAAUGAACGCGAUAUCAUCAACACUGAAUAGUCAGCUGAUGCUGGUGAAGCACAUGGGUCCUAGAGUUCACAGGAACUUGUAAAACAUAUCCUUCCCGUCGUUCAGAGAUAUGGUGAAACAUAUGGGUCCUAUUGUUCUAUAACUUGUUACAUUGAGCACCAGUAUAAGAAGCGUAUCUAUAAAAAAAAUAGGUGCCCUCUUACGACCGUAUGAGGAACGCAUCUAUAUAUUGAUAGGUGUACCUUUACGACCUUGUAUAAUGUUGAUCGACCGUAUUAGAGACUCAGUUAUAUAUCGAUAUGCGUAAUGUUACGGCCGAAUUAAAGACGUAGCUAUAUAUUUAUAGGUGUACUGUUACACCCGUAUAAGAGACAUAGCUACAUGUUUAUAGGCGUAUUGUUACGCCCGUAAUAGAGACAUAGCUAUAUGUUGAUAGGUGUACUGUUACGAGCUUAUUAGAGACAUGGCUAUAUGUUGAUAGGUGUAAUGUUACACCCGUAUUAGAGACAUAGCUAUAUGUUGAUAGUUGUACUGUUACGCCCGUAUUAGAGACAUAAACAUAUAUGUUGAUAGGUGUAUUGCUUCGACCGUAUUAGAGACGUACCUAUAUAUGUUUAUACGCGUACUGUUACGACCUUAUUAAUCUCAUAACUAUAUGUUGUUCGACCGUAUGAGAGACUCAGCUACAUUUCCAUAGGUCUACUGUUCGUUUCAUUCAGGCGUCGCCAAGGGGUCGCCAGGGGUCGGUCGCCCAGGGGUCGCCCAGGGGUCGGCCAGGGGUCGACAAGGGAUCGCCCAGGGGUCGCCAAGGGGUCGCCCAGGGGUCGCCAAGUGGUCGACAAGGGGUCGCCCAGUGGUCGACAAGGGGUCGCCCAGGGGUCGACAAGGCGCAGCUGCCUGGAUGGGUUGUGGUGUAAUAAAUUAGAUCUGCCCUGCUCCUCAGCCGUGACUUGUUUCCUUCAGUUGCUAUGGUGAUACUUGACGGUGAAUACAAAUUUUAUAGUGGACGUCUUUUCAGAAAUGUCAAUCUAGAGCAGUGGUUGUCAACAUUGCUAAUAAUGCCCCAACCCUUUAAUACAGUUCAUCAUGUUGUGGUGAGCCCGAACCAUAACAAUUAUUUUCGUUGCUAAUUCAUAAAUAGGUGUUUUCUGACGGACUUAGGCGACCCCUGUGUAAGGGUCGUUCGACCCCAGAAAGUGUCGUGACGCACAGGUUGAGAACCGGUGAUCUAGAGGCACGAAAUAAAGUCUGAGUGAAAGGGUCGGUCGUUGAUUUCUAUGGACAUAAUAUAAACUAAUGUCAGGUCCUAAAAAUUAGAAGCUUAAAUGUUUACAUUACAACUUGAGAUCGACUGAAUUUGAUUUUCUGUUUUCGGUUGAAGCCUAAACAAUACGUACGAAAAAUUGAAAAUGACCUUCGGCGGAAACCAAUAGCGAAAAUUUGAUCGGCCUCUAAAUUAUAUAUUUACUGAUUCCACGCUUUUCCAUUGUAGAAUUGAUAACGUCACUAUGCUGGGACUACUGGCCACUCUGAUUUCUGCACUGGUCACCUCGGAGGCGAGCAAAAACGUCCUGCUUAUCUUCGGUACGUUGACCACCACCACCACCACCGCCACCACCUUCUGUCAACAGUGUUGUUUUUUAGACCAUUGUUCGUUAACACCGCCUUAUUGGAGCAUUGUUUAUUAACAUUUGUGUUAUUUAAACCAAUGAUAUUUCAACACAUUGUUGUUUGUUUAGCCACAGUUUGAUAGCAAUGCCGUUUUGAUUGACAUUAGUUUGAUAGCAUACCGUCAAAUGUAAUAAAAGCUUGCCUGACGUAAGAUUGAUUAUCCAUGUACAACAUAUUAGUUGGGAUACAAAUGUGUGCUAUGUAUAAAAGUCUUUAUUACAAUAACAACGUUUACAUCCCGAGCCAGAGGCACGUGCCACGAGUUAAUAUCAUGUACCAUACCCGCCCUUUGUCCCUGAACCUGGCAUGUCUUAAACCAUCAUCAUCAACAGUAGCACUGCACCCCAUGUAGGGCCCCGGCCUGCUCCACCGCAUAUUUCGUUUCUGAUCGAUCCAUGGCUUUCCGCCUCAAUGCAUGAACGUUCUUCAUCAAUCCAUCUCAGUCUUGAUUUGACCUGUGAGUUGUCUGCCCAUAGACUCCUGUGUUUAGGUCACAUUUGCUGCUGUCCUAUCCGGCAUCCUCUCAAUGUGUCCUGUCCAGCGCAGCCUGUCCCAUUUAGUUGCCGCAUGUAUGGAUGGGUCUUCGAACAACUGAUAUGCAUGCACUUCCAGUUUUUUACGAAUUCUUUAUUAAUCAUCAUCCAACACUAGACCAUUUAUUUUUCUGAGGAUUUUCCUUCCCCAUGUAAUGAGCAGGAUCUCGACUUUUUGAUGGGGGACCCAUCUGCAGAAGCUGCUCAGUUCACAUUUAAAAAAAAAAAAAGAAGUGUUAGACAUUACAAACUCUAUUCUCGGAGUUCCCCAUCACAAACAUAAUAAGUGAAUGCCAACUUCUCACGCCUCACCACAGUCGACGAUGGCGGCAGCCUGCUCAGCGCCUACAACAACACCGUCUGUGACACGCCUAAUCUGGACAAACUGGCGGCCUCCAGCGUCACCUUCACACGUGCGUACACAUCUGUCAGCAGCUGCUCACCUAGCAGGUAAGUUCAUCCAGGUGGAAAAAUCAUAAACCCGAGGUCAGAUCCCACGCAUAGUUCACACUAUGCUUAUUAUUUUUGUUGGUUUCGUCCCCCUUAACUCAUUUCAAACAAACUUGAAAACAAAAAGGCCAUGAAGACAAAUUUAGUUUCAACUUGCAUAAUGAACAUCUCACCAGCAAACUCUUACACACAGGGGUCUUGCAUGACUUUAACUCUGCCCAUUGUGUGACUUUGACCAUUAGGUCAGUGCUACUAACUGGUUUACCACAGCAUCAGAACGGGCAGUACGGACUACAGCACGCCUACCACCACUUCCAAUCGUUUGACGACGUCCAGAGCUUGCCACAGCUGCUCAGUAAAAAUGGGGUGAGGACAGGUGAGUCCGUGUGGUUUAACUGUACUGGUUGGUAUGUGUGGUUUAACUGUACAGGUGUGUCUGUGUGGUUUAACUGUACAUGUGGGUCCGUGUGGUUUAACUGUACUGGUGGGUAUGUGGGGUUUAACUGUACAUGUGUGUCUGUGUGGUUUAACUUUACUGGUGAGUCCGUGUGGUUUAACUUUACUGGUGGGUCCGUGUGGUUUAACUGUACUGGUGGGUCCGUGUGGUUUAACUGAACUGGUGGGUCCCUGUGGUUUAACUUUACUGGUGGGUCCGUGUGGUUUAACUGUAUUGGUGGGUACAUGUGGUUUAACUGUACGGGUGAGUCUACGGGGUUCACCUGUACUGGUAGGUCUAUGUGGUUUAGCUGUACUGGUGAGUCUGUGUGGUUUUACUGGGCUGGUGAGGCUACAUGGUUUAAAAGAACUGGUAGGUCUGUGUUGUCUUACUAUACUAUUAUGCUAUGUUUAACUGUACUGGUGGUCUAUGUGAUUUUAAGUUUUGAACACUGCACGUGGUCUUAAGCGGACAUGGAACGGAACACGUUUUGUAAAUUUUGCGAAAAGUUGUACAACACUCAUGUCUUUAGGAACUCCAAUGCCAGGCAGAUAAAUCAGGGGUCUCAAACUCAAAUCAUCCGGGGCCGCAAGUAAUAGAAUCUGAGUGAGACUUGGCGGCAUCAAGUAUUCCACACACAAAAAAAAGCGAUUACAAAGUCAAUAAAGAACAACUGUUACAAUCUGCUGAACAUUUAUUUAUAACAAUUAAAAACAUUAAGGGUUCUCAAGAACUAGGCUUCACUUUCUUCCUCCUACUCCUUGUUGCCAGAGAUUUGGCAGCGCGUCUUCUAACACAGCUGAGCAACAUUUGAGUUGGGUGAGAAAGCAACUGAGACCCUCGGUAUAGUUUGAAGAUGCUCAUCAGUAAGUUGUGGCCCUGAACUUUGACUUGUUAAAGUUCAUAGUGGGUAAGAGCUUUUCAUACAGAUAGGUACUCCCAAAAAGGCACAUGAUCCGCUUGAGCAACCUGGAAAUCUCUGGAAGGUGGAUUGCAAUAUUCUCAUAAAUUAUCCAUGCUUGUCUGUUUUUCCAUUCACCUCCCUGAACUUAGAAUUUCACUGAAGAUCAACUAGCUCCAUUUGAAGCGCAAUUAGGAGGUGGGGGGGGGGGGUGCAUCUUCCAAAUUGAAGGAGAAAUGGUCAGCAAAAAGUGGAAAAGUUGCUCUGCUUGAUUUGAAGUCUAAAAAUGUGAUCAAAUUCUUCCUGUAGCUUUGCAAUGGCAUCAGCAUACUUCCUACUAAAGGGUGUGCCCGAGUCCAUCAGGACUUGACAUGUUGGGAAAUGGCAGAGGUUUCCCUAGAAUCAUAAAACAAGUUUUGUGCAGAAUGCCCAGACAUUGUCAUUGGAUACACUGACAAUCUACCCCUGGUCUUGUAACUUCUUGUUGAGUAAAUUUAGCUCCUGUGUAAUGUCAACAAGAAAAGCACAGUCCAUGAGCCAUUUUUGGAUCACUUAGUACAGGAACAACCACCCCAUCAUUCUCAAUGAAGGGUUUGAAGGCUAAAAAGUGCUCAAACAGUAGGCAUGGGUAGGAAAUAUUUAUGAAUUAUUGAUGCGAUGGAAGAUGCUAUUGUAGGGAGAAUGAAUUUUGAUUUAUUUUUUGUCGAAUAAAAAGCCUUCUUUGAUUAACCCUAUUUUGAAAGUGACCAAGCUGACAGGCUCGAAUUUCUCUCACUCGUAAACACUAGCAGCAAUUUUAAUAGGGAUUCUUUGAUACCGUGUCAGGUUGCAAUGAUUUAUACAAUUAUGGUUAUGCAUUGCGCACUAACUGACUUUUAAAACUUUUCUCAAAACCGCAUUUUGGCCGCCAUGUUUGUCUCAUAAAAUAAAAACUUUUAGUCAGAUUUUUUACAACGGUUUUGACCAUUCUAAUCAAGGUCCAAAUCUAUACAAACAUUAUAAAUAUCAGAAUUAGACUAGUCGGUGAGAUGCUACUUAAACUUUCGCGGAGGUUCGCAUCAUAGAUAUGAGAAUGGGGCGCGGGGCGCAUUAAAACUAAACUUUGCUGUCCUGUAGAGGGCCGAAAAAUAUCGUCUUGCGAAGCGCAAAUGGCUCGCGGGUCGCGAAUUUGAGACCCCUGAAAUAAAUGAAACGUCUGAACUUUAGCGAUCAGAAACAGUAACUCUUGAUACAGCUGCACAUUUCUUCAAUCAGAAACGAUAACUCAUAAAAGUCUCACCUGUACCAUGUCGUUCUCAGUACAAUUCUGAGAUACUUCAUAAUCACAUAGGUCUCACCUAUAAUAUGUGGUUCUCAGUUCAAUUGUGAGAUACUUCACACCCAUGUAAGUCUCACCUGUACCGUCUUGCAGUUUAUGACUUUCAAAGAUAUAUUUCUUGGACCAGGACUUAUCGGCAAAAAGCACGUGGCCCCGCCCACGGUGUACAAGUUCGACUUUGAGAGGUCAACAGGCUUUGACCUUGACCAAGUGGGCCGUAACAUAACAUACAUGAAAGAGUUUGUCAGAGAAUUUUUGCUAGAGACAGCUGAUAGGUGAGUAGCUUUAGUUUCCCUAGUUAUUGUUGGUUUGUAAUGUAGCGCGUGUGUCUGACACAAGCAUACCAUCUUUGUUGUCAGUUCUGUGUAUUUUUUUUUUUACAAGUGUGUCUGGCAUAGUAAAAAAAAACAAUAAAAAUCAAUCUGCUACGGUCUGAUGGUGAGUCAGGAGAUGGUGAGUCAGAAGAUGGUGAGUCAGGAGAUGGUGAGUCAGGAGAUGGUGAGUCAGAAGAUGGUGAGUCAGGAGAUGGUGAUUCAUGUUGCAAUGUAUAAGUACUCCAGUCCAUCCGACAAGUAUGAGACCUACUGUUGCACGCGAGAGGUGACCACAUAUUUAUAAAAUCUUCCACAGACCCUUCUUCUUGUACAUAGCAUUCUAUGACACCCAUCGAGGGGACAACACAUCGACCUUUGGUCAGUUUAUGAACAAAUGGGGCACCGGGCAGCCUGGGAUGGGGCUCAUACCGGACUGGAAACCCAAAGUUUACGACCCUGACAAGGUCGUGGUGCCGUACUUCUUACCGGACACGCCCGCAACCAGGUCGGACAUAGCUGAGAUGUAUACGUCCUUCAAUCGACUAGAUCAAGGUGAGCACACCCCGGGGGGGGGGGGGGGGGGGGGUGGUCGGUCAACCCUGAUGAAGACUGUUGUUAAAACUCGUGCUCAAGAUAGGAUACUAAUAUUAGGGACUGCCUUCAGCUGCUCAAAAACAGCCCUUAAGGCAGUGGUUCUCAACCUUCCUGAUGACACGACCCCUUAAUACAGUUCCUCGUGUUGUGGCGACCCCCCCAACCUCAAAAUUAUUUACGUUGCUACUUGAUAACUUUAGAGUAUAUGUAUUUUCCGAUGGUCUUAGAAGACCCUUUUGAAUGAGCCAUUCGACCCCCAAAGGGGUCGCGACCCACAGGUUGAGAACCGCUGCCUUAAGGAAUAACCACCCCAGGAAACGUUUUGGGUGUGUCUUAUUUUUCUUUCUCUUCUCAUCUUCUAUAAAUAGUUUUGUGUAGAUCGUUAAACUUCUUUCAAUAUCACAAUAAAAUUUAAAAAGUCAAGAUUCUUUGUCCCGAGACCUUUGAAAGGCACAAGGCUCCUAAAAGGCACGGGGCUCCUAAAUCAGACAGGACAAUUUAAAGGCACAGGGCUCCUAAAAAGCACAGGGCUCCUAAAUGGCACGGGGCUUCUAAAUCAGACAGGACAAUUUAAAGGCACGGGGCUCCUAAAAGGCACGGGGCUCCUAAAAGGCACGGGGCUCCUAAAUGGCACGGGGCUCCUAAAUCACACAGGACACUUUAAAGGCACGGGGCUCCUAAAAGGCACGGGGCUCCUAAAAGGCACGGCGCUCCUAAAAGGCACGGGGCUCCUAAAAGGCACGGGGCCCUUAAAAGGCGCUAGGCUCCUUGGCACAUGUCUCAUCUGCCUUCUGGUUAAGCCGGCACUGGCCUUGUCAUUAGACGGAUUGAACUCGUCAUUAAACAAAACUGUUUACAAAUAAUGGGGAUUUUAAUGUAUGCACUUAACUCAAUUUAUUUCUUUUUUUUUAAAUUAUUUUUUUUAAACUUUAUUUUGGAUGUUUUUGUUUUGAAUCCACCAAUCCCAGGUGUUGGCUUAUUUCUGGAAGAGCUAAAAUUGUCAGGUCACCUGGAUGACACGCUGAUCAUGUUUACCGCAGACAAUGGUAUCCCAUUCCCCAACGCCAAGACCAACUUGUACGAGCCCGGAAUGGGUGAGCCGAUGCUGAUGUCAUCUCCGCUUCACAAGGAGCAUUGGGGCAAGGUAACCCAAGAUGACACAUGAACCCCUAUAUGACAUGUGGCAAGGUAAACCGAGAUGACACGUGUACCAGUGUAUGACAUUGCGAAAGGCAGGUCGAGGUGACACAUGUACCAAUUUGAGACUAAAUGAAACCUUGUAUUUUGGAUGUAUCAAAGAUUUUCGGUGUGAACUUUGUUUUGGGAGUCUUCAGUGCAUUUGAUUUGCUUCUCUCUCUCUCCUCCCCACCCGGGGCGGGGGGGCGGGGGUCCCUUCCGGGGCUGUUUUUUUUUCAAAUGCCAGGGAGAUCGCUAUUUCGAGGUUCGUUAUUUACAGGUUUCAUUUUGCCAAAAAAAAAAAAAAAAAAAAAAAAAAAAUGGGGGGGGGGGGGUCCCUUCCGGGGCGGUUUUUUUUUCAAAUGCCAGGGAGAUCGCUAUUUCGAAGUUCGUUAUUUACAGGUUUCAUUUUGCCAAAAAAAAAAAAAAAGCAGCACUAUGUUUAGGUUUUUUGUUUGUGUGUGUGGUGGGGGGAACUGUUGAAAGUCCGCCCCGGGUGGUACGAUGUCUCGCUACACCACUAACUUGAGACCAUCGUUGAUCGGGUGGACCGGGCCACGUGUCACAUCAUGUUUCGGGCCUCAAUUGGGAGACUUUAAAAAUAUUUCAGAAUGAGGUACCACGAUGAAUCAUAUGACAGCAAACUUGACUGACAUGACAGACAUGACUGACAUACUCAGUUUGAUGAUGCAUAGUUUGAUACAUAUUGUGAGGAUAUUUCCUUGAAACCAAAUUAACCCAAACCGCAACACAGAGAUUAUUUUUUUUUUUUGGUAUCAGUAUUUGAUCAUCGGCUUCUUUCGUGAAGAAGAAUUAGUAGCCUCAAGUCUGUGCCUCAAAAUUUCAGUAUUCCCAAGCAUUGGUCAGCACGAUGGACUUUGUCCCGACUGUACUGGACUGGUUUAACAUCACCUACCCGAGUUACGAUCUGAACGGCGUUAAGGUAGAACUCACUGGAAAAUCGUUACUUCCUCUGGCUGCUGAUCCGGAUAAUCCAGAGUAUACCCGGGUGUACAGCAGCCAUGACUUCCAUGAGGUAAGUCUGUGGUGGCAGCCGGUGGUUAGUGUUAAGUGUUGCUAGUUUGGUGGAUGGGGUGGCUGGGUUGGUGGAUGGGUGGCUGGGUUGGUGGAUGUGUGGCUUAGGUUGGUGGUUUUGUUGCUAGGUACGUAGGUAACUGGGUAGGUAGGUAGAUGGGUCGGUAGGUGGAAUGGUAGGUAGAUGGAUGGGUAGGUGGGUCGGUAGGUGGAAUGGUAAGUAGAUGGAUGGGUAGGUAGGUGGUUGAGAAGAUGGAUAGUACGAGAGAUAGAGAUAUAAAUCACCAUUGAGACUACGUUGGCACAACCAGAUAGCUGCACUGCACAAUGAGACAAUCUUCCUACAUUCAGAUAACUAUGCUCUUCUCAAUAGGACUAUCUUCCUACAUUCAGAUAACUAUGCACUACCCAAUGAAAAUAUCUUCCUACAUUCAGUUAACUAAGCACUACUCAAUGAGUCUAUUUUUCAUCGUUUAGAUAACUAUGCACUACCCGAUGAGAGUGGUGCGAGAUGACCGUUACAGGCUCAUCCACAACCUCAACAACAGAGCACCUUAUCCAAUAGCCACGGAUCUGUACAUGUGUCCUACCUUUCUGGACAUUCUUAACAGGUAGAGUUGCCAUGGGCAUGGGGGAGGAGGCCGCGGAGGGUUGUCAUUAGGGGUCCUCAAUCGUCCUCCAACACGAUUUUUAGUAUGCACACUAAUUCCGAAGAAACUCGUCCAACCCGUGAUGGCUGGAAACAAACUUUCAGAAUGCGAAUGUUCUUGUUCCUUUUAAAUACAUAUACCGUAAUAUCACGGACUGUCAAAAAUUGUCGCUGUAACUAUAAGCAAGGACCAUCAGAAUCUUUUUCAUGGUAUUGAUUUACUUAGCUCUGUAGCUCUAGUACACAGGUCUUUUAACUCUGUAGCUCUAGUACACAGGUCUUUUAACUCCGUAGCUCUAGUACACAGGUCUUUUAACUCUGUAGCUCUAGUUCACAGGUCUUUUAACUCUGUAGCUCUAGUACACAGGUCUUUUAACUCUGUAGCUCUAGUACACAGGUCUUUUAACUCUGUAGCUCUAGUACACAGGUCUUUUAACUCCAUAGCUCUAGCACACAGGUUUUCAACUCCAUAGAUCUAGUACACAGGUUUUCAACUCCAUAGAUCUAGUACACAUGUCUUCAUCUCUAUUGAUCUAGUACGCAGGUCUUCAACUCCAUAGAUCUAGUACGCAGGUCUUCAACUCCAUAGAUCUAGUACACAGGUCUUCAACUCCAUAGAUCUAGUACACAUGUCUUCAACUCCAUAGAUCUAGUACGCGGGUCUUCAACUCCAUAGCUCUAGUACACAAUUGACAUGUCUUCAACUCCUUUGCUCAAGUACACAGGUCUUCGACUCCAUUGCUCUAGUCCACAGGUGUUCAAGCACCUCAUUUCUAUUGAAAGGAAAUUUCCCAACGACCUCCAUGAUAUAACGACCAUUAAAGUAAAUCGCUUCCCAAUCUUCCUCUUAUUAAUUCGGCUAAUGAAAACACAUCAAAACUAGAUGUUUCAAUAGAAUAUAAGUUUAGCUUUAAAAAAAAAAAGAGUAAUUGUAACUUUAAUUGUAGAUUUAAGACGACAUAUUUAUUUUUAAUGGAAAAAUCACAACUCAUCUUAGUUUAUUUGUUUCAGCCGGUGACCCCACAAAAAUUCCCAUCGCAACCGCAUUUAAGGUACCUCAACCAGUCAUUUGCUGGGGACCCGUGUGGACUAGUAACUUUGAUUAUACCAGGCUGUUCACGUGCCAAACUACAUUUAUAUUAAUGUUUUUUUUUUUUUCUUAAUUCUUAUAACAAGCUAGUUAUAGCAAUGCACGCAAUUUUUGAUUAUUUUUAAAUUCGAAGCUAACCCCGCUUUAGAAACAUUUUGAUGGUAAAUAUUUUCUGACGUAUUCGAUUGGCAACAUCUUUCAACUAUAGAGUAAGCUGUUGUGUUUUAGCUACAGGUUGGUCUCAUCCGAUUUUUGCGUGCCUAAUAAGCAUAUUAGUUAGUUAUACUGGGGCUCAGAAGGGGAAAAUGAGGCACCUAGUCGCAUGUGGGUAUUUAAGUUAAGCUAUUAUUGAAACAAACUCUUUGAUCCUGUUUAUAUAAUUUAGCAUAUGCUUAAUGCCAUCCCCGGAUAAAACUAUAGUUGUAAUGCUAUUUCCAGCUUGAACAACUAUUUUCAUUACACAAGAUCACCAAAAUUCCCCUUCCAAAAAAUAUUUACCCCAAAAGUCCCUUGUUAUAAAACAUCGUGAUUAUCCCCGAAAUCCCCCAUUCCAAAACAUGAUUAUCCCAAAAGUCCCUUAUUAUAAAACAUCGUGAUUAUCCCCGAAAUCCCCCAUUCCAAAACAUGAUUAUCCCAAAAGUCCCUUAUUAUAAAACAUCGUGAUUGUCCCCGAAAUCCCCCAUUCCAAAACAUGAUUAUCCCAAAAGUCCCUUAUUAUAAAACAUCGUGAUUGUCCCCGAAAUCCCCCAUUCCAAAACAUGAUUAUCCCAAAAGUCCCUUAUUAUAAAACAUCGUGAUUGUCCCCGAAAUCCCCCAUUCCAAAACAUGAUUAUCCCAAAAGUCCCUUAUUAUAAAACAUCGUGAUUGUCCCCGAAAUCCCCCAUUCCAAAACAUGAUUAUCCCAAAAGUCCCUUAUUAUAAAACAUCGUGAUUGUCCCCGAAAUCCCCCAUUCCAAAACAUGAUUAUCCCAAAAGUCCCUUAUUAUAAAACAUCGUGAUUGUCCCCGAAAUCCCCCAUCCCAAAAAUCCCUUUCCCAUAACAUAAAUUAACAAGAAAUCCCUCUUUACAGAGUAAGAUUAUCCCAAAGAUCUUCCUUUCAGAAAACAAUUAUCCCAAAAAUCCCUUAUUCUACGACAUCCUGAUUAUAUCGAAAAUCCCCUUCUAGAAAAUAAUUAUCCAAAAAAUUACACUUCCAGACAAUAUUUUCCCCAAAAUUCUCCUAAACUAGAACAUCAUGUUUAUUCCCCUCCCCUUAAGGAAGAUAAUUAUUCACAAAAUCCUACUACCAGAGCACGAUUAUCAUUAAAAAAAUACCCCUUCCAGAACAUGAUUAUCCAAAUAUUUCCCCUCGAAGAACAUGUUUAUUUAAAAAAUCCUCCUUUCCAGAACAUGAUGUUCCUCAAAAUCCCUUUUCCCAAAACUUGUUUAUCCCCGAAAUCCCCCAUUCCAAAACAUGAUUAUCCCAAAAUUUUCCCCUUCCAGAACAUGAUUAUCUCUACAAUCCUACCAUUUCCCCAACAAUCCAAUGGUUUCUCAACAAUCUUUCGUUCCAGAACAAUCCACGGCCAAAUGACCAACUGGUUUAAGAGCCUGAAAGAAUAUUACCACAGGGCUGAAUGGGAGUUGUUCAACCUUGACGAGGACACCCAGGAGCUUCACAAUCUCUACGGCGUCCCAGAGUAUGACAAGGUUUUUCAGCAGAUGCAGAGCAGCCUGGACCGGUGGCUUUGGAGGACCAAUGACCCCUGGCGUUGCAUGCCCCAUGGUGUGCUGGUGAACGAAAAAUGUUGGCCUCUGUAUAAUGACCUUUGAACUAAAAAAAAAUAUCGGCCUACCCAUGCCUAACGCAACGCUUGAAAGUUAGUUUCGUGGCUAUGAAAGAAUUCAAGAGUUACUUCACUAUGCAAUCAGAAAUAUAAUAUCCUAAUUCCUUUCAUAGAGUAAUAUCAGUCUUUAAAUAUCAUCCGAUUGUAUUGAGGGGGUGGUUAUUGUUUGUAUAAUAUUUCAAUUUUAUGAUAAUGCCCCUCCUAAAUGAUGGUAGCCAGCUGUCAAUCUGCCUUCGAUUGUGCAGCGGGAUUGUAUAUGUAUAAGCAAGGCGACACAUGAAAUUUGCAUAAUGUCACGUGAUAUGU